GAACCACACGUUUUCCAGUGUUCAUUAGGUUCACUGCCUUUUCUUAUUCGCUGGCUUUUCCUGUGGUACACGUUUGUGAACCAAAAGCAGGGUGCAAAGUUACUUUCAUUAACUCUUAUUACGACUACUACUUCUCCGCAACGAGGGUUCCAUACGUUUGUACAACUCAUGGCUGCCACUCAACAAUUACCUUCAUGGAUGACACUGGCAACUACCGUGUAUACAAAUGCUGCAGGGCAAACUGUAACUACCGAAACCACCCUUCAGCUCCCACUCACCUACUACGGUCCAAGUAUUCCCUUGGGCAGUGAUGGUGCUUGGACUUACGGUGGUCUCACCUCGCCAGCAGCAUCAUCAUCUUCUCUAACGACUUCAUCCACUGCGACAUCCUUUACCCCAACAUCCUCUGCGACACCUACUUCCUCUUCAUCAUCCUAUCAGUCUUCAUCCACCUCAUCUACUUCUACAUCUAGCUUAUUGACUUCCACUUCUACCUCAUUUACUUCCGCUUCGACCUCGUCUGCUUCUACAUCUCCUUCCACCUCUGCCACAUCCAAUUCCUCUUCACAUGCGGCUGCUUUAUCGAAAGGAGCACUCAUCGGUAUCAUCAUUGGUGCCAUCAUCUUGUUCAUCAUCUUGCUUCUGCUUUUCAUCUGGUUCGUCCGUUGGAACACCCGUCGACGAGACUCUAGGGCUAUCACACCUAUUUGGACAGGAUGGAAUGUUCUUACCCCUGAUCAAACCGGCGACGAGGAGAAUCGUCCAGCUGGUCUGGGUUCUCCUCGCGACAGUGGAGACGAUGAAGCAGAUUCAUUCCUCCGGCGCAGCACCGCUACCGAUCCUGAACGUCGUCCACGUCCAGUAUCUUCUCUUCCCCCCGGUGCUGCUCCACCCCGUAUUGUGGGAAGCACUGGCUCCGAUAGAACAAGGUCUUCCCAGGCUUCGACAGACUAUGGCGUCGUCCUCCCUGGCUCAGGACACUUUGGACAGGCCUACAGUGGUGAUGGCAUCCCUGCCCACGCCAGUAGCGAGAUGCUAGGCCACAUCAUGCCUCCUGGCGAGCUCCUCCGCAUUGCAGAUGAGGAAGAGCCGGAAGACAUACCCCGGCCACGCAUGUAUAGUUCAAGUCAUCCCUCUCUGCCCGAGCACAUCGCCCCCCUACUCCCACCCCCACCUCUCGAGGGAACUGCUACCCGCAAACCUUCAGAUCGCUCCCUACUUGACGAGAAGGAAAAAUCCGUCCGCAGCGCCUCUUACCCAACGAGUGACCUUGAGGAUUCCAAAAUCUUUACAGCUCGCCGCGUACGCGUCCAGGAGCUCGGUUCCCGUAGCCCGCAAGAUGACGACUCCACAAAUACCCAGCCUAUUGCAGGACCCACCAGCUGGCGCAACUCCUUCUCUCGUCUGCGAAGGAGCUGGUUUGGUUCAUCCUCAUCUCGUAGUGGAUCAAACUCGCGUAAGGGAUCAGAUAAAGACCCCGAAGCAGCCCAAUCCUUGCUCGGUCGCAGGCUUGGUGUAGGUUACACCCCUGCAGGAGAACGUCCGAUGUCGAGCGUGAGUGCCAAGAGCGCCAUAUCCGGGAACACAGUGUACCAUGACGCAGUCUCUCGUAUGGGCACCCCUGUUUCCCUUCCUUCAAGAGCAAUUACACCUGCGAGUCAGAGGGGAAGCGUGGUACCUGCAACGGAUUUUGCACAUUCUAUGCCGAGUGGAGCACCCCCAGCAUACGAUGAUCCGUAUGAUCUGAUGGGUAGCAGGGUCCCCAGCCCGUUGUCUCCCACAGGUGUUGACGUUCUGGAUACACCAGCUCCAGCUCCUUUUUCAUCCGCUUCGACAAGCGGGAGACCUUUGCCGCCAGGUCUUGUCCCAUUAUCUAGUCGCCAUGCAUGGAGAGACUCGUUGUCCGUGAUCACGGGCUCGUCAAAUGACGCAGGUAUCACAAUCGAUGUUCUCGAUGCUGAACCGCCACGAGCAGGUGAUGGUUGGAGGAACUUAACCAGUGGCCACCUUGGUGUCAGUGCCGGACUAGACCCAAGUGAACAGAGAACCACGUUUGGAACUCCCCAACUCAUCCAUCAAGGGAAUCCCUUAGUCUCUGAGCGGGGAUCUUUGCACUCUAUGCGUUCGCACCUAAGCCCCUACUCUGCACGUUCAUCUUCAGGGUCAGCACCUGCAUCCUCAGCACGCGUUUUCAAUCUCUCAGGGUCCAAUUCCUCUCGUCCUUCUGCAAAUUCCGCCCACUCACGCGUAGCAACCAUGUCCUCUGCAUCGUUACAUUCUAGUCGACCGUUUAGUCCUAUCUCACCAUCUGUGAGCGCGUUUGGGCACGCAGAUUCCUCGCGGUACAUGUCCCACACUAUCGAGGAAAAUGAGGAUCAGUUGGCGGAACCAGGCAGCCGCACGUCGGUCCUUGGUCCUAUGCCUUCGUUUUCCAUUCGUUCGCUGCUCUCCCAACCAACGAUUCGUAGUGUGGGUGGCACAACGGUAACGAGCGAUGACACAGAGAUGACGAGAACGACUGUCACUUCGGCUUCUGAGGAUGUAAUAAGCACGCCCCGAGCAUGGUUCCAAGAACGAAUGAGGGCCGAGAUUUGAGAUGACCCAGCGCUAUAGAUGAGUUCUCAUCCAAGCGCUGGGGCAGAGCUAUUCUAUAGAUGUGACUUUUUUACUUACCUAUUCGUCUUGUUGCUUUAUCAUACCUUUGCGAUACCUCCACUUUUGCGAUACCUAUCAUACUUAGCUCGAUCUUCCAUGUUCGUUACGAAAACUACGAUCACCUGCUUACUUAUGACCGAGUACUGAUGUCUUGAAUAUGAUUCUUGUAUGAUCUUUAGUGAAUGAUACAGCGGGUCAUUCAU